CUAUAUGGUACAUAUGUAUAUGUCUACAAUAAUAGCAGCAUAGCUGUAGCUUUUAAAACUGAGAAAUUUCAACAGCAUGUCAAACAGGCCAACCCCAUUAGAACCCUUUCCACUCUGGACUAUAAACAAUUAUAGGCCCACCUAAUGUCGUCCCAUUAUAAGGUUUACAGUUAGCUUUUCUUUCUGUACAUAAGUUUGGAAGGACACCCAAAAAGCAAUGAUUAUAACUGUGCAAUUAAAGUAUAAUGUUGGACAGAUCAGUCACAUCUGUAGGCCAAGACAGGGGACUAGUCUCCAGAAGCAAGCUGUAAUCAUGCCCACCAUCAAUUAUGUAAUCUGGUCCCACCAGAAGGCCGGGAUUAGAAUACCAGUGAAAACUGAAUGAUGUACACACAAGUAAGUGGUUCUAUGUGCAGUUGAUGGUGUUCUUACUUUGCAGCAGAGCGCCCCGCCCUGGUUUUGGAGACGAACACAACUUUUGUCUUCGGCCAGCGGCUGUCACCGCAUAGGACCGCAUUACUAAAUGGUGCGUCUAUGAUGAAGCAUGUUCGUUUGACCUACGUUUCUUUUUGCUUCGACGAGAAAGAUGCUAUCUGAACGACUAUAAAAUCCUGCAUACAUCAGAGGGAAAACCGUUACGCAAAUGUUGUCGUGAAAGAGAAGUCUGCUCUUUGGUUCGGCAGAUAUUCUGGCACGCGGACCGCAAUUGUUACAGUGGGCGGGACAUCAUCAUCACAAUGAGUUAUCAAAAUCUGUAAAGAUGUGGGACUGAAGACCCGCGAGUAAACAGGCUACUUUUAACGACCAUGAACGCUUUUGUGGUGGUGAAGUUGCUUUGUGGGUCGAGUGCUUUGUGGUAGCCUUCCAGACAAAGAGAUGCUUAUGGCAGCAUUUAAUAUCCAGUGACGAAUAAUAUUCCGGAUUUUAUCGUAUGCGUUUUGGGGAUUAUGCAGAGAUUUCAGGCUUGCCUGGACGAGCAAAUACAGUGAACUGGGCCGGACAGACGCAAGGGCGAGGGCACACAGACGCCAGCGGUGUGGCAGUAGCCGAAUGCGCAAUUGUCAAGACCGUUAGACAAUUCCUGGAAAAAAACAACGGGGUGAGAGGAGUGUUUCUCGCUGGGGUGCUCUCCCACUGCAGGCAUCCAGCGUAUGUCAUAGCAAACGUUCCAGGAUGCCUUUGAUAAGUCUGGACGACGAGGAUCAAAGAUGGGUUCCCACGCAUGUAAACGUGACCGUCCUACGGGCAAGGGGACUGAGAACCAAGGGCAAACACGGGAGCCGCUAUGUUUACACCAUCAUUCAGCUGGGCAAAGAGAAAUACACCACUGGUUUGGUGGAGAAGGCGGCGGAACCGGAGUGGAAUGAGGAAUGUUCUUUCGAACUUCUCCCCGGUUUGCUGGAGUUGGCAGGCACGAGCGCCUAUCCCCCAGGGAGCAGCAACUUGGUCCUCACAGUGAUGCAUAGAGUGCUGAUUGGACUUGACGUCUUCCUUGGUCAAGCUAUUGUCCCCCUGGACAGGCUCUUUGAGGAGGGAAACUGUCCUAGAAAUGAAUGGAUGAAGCUCCACUCGAAGGUGGGCCGUCCGGAGAAGGAGCGCGGGGACCUGCAAGUGACGGUGCAGUUCACCCGCAACAACCUGACGGCCAGCAUGUACGACCUGUCCGUCAAGGACAAGCGCCGCUCGGCCUUCGGCAAGCUGAAGGACCGCGUCACGGGCCGCAACAAGCGGGACCAGGAGUCCUCCUCCGCCAUCGUGCCCGGCCGCUACGCCGCCCUCUCCCCGGGCACCACGGGCCAGCCGUUUGAAGGAGGAGGUGGUGGAGGAGGAGGAGGAGGAGAGGAGGAACAGCAGCAGGCGGAGGAGCCGGCUAGUGCACCGCCAGGAGAGAGGGAGCGGCGAGGCAGCAAGGUGAAGGACUUCUUUGGGAAGCUCCGUAAGUCAUCGGACUCGCGGUCCUGCUCGUCCCUGGCCUCAGACAGCAGCAGCGUGGCCUCGUCCUCGGGCGGAGGGGAGGUCUUCUGCCCCCAGGUGGAGCUCUCCAGCACCCCCAUCUACAGCAGCCGCGUGCUCACAGACACCUUCCGCUCAGACGCAGACGCAGGAGGGAAAGGUUUCACGCCACACGACCCCAAAGUGAUGACCCACAAGCGAGCGUACAGCGACGAGGCCAGCAAGGUCACCACCACCACCACCACCUCCACCCCGCGGCCCUGCCCCGCCGUGGAGAACGUCCAGGGCCAGAGCAUGGUGCUCUCCAAGUCCUCGCUCUGCAUCAACGGCAGCCACGUGUACUCCUCUGAGCCGGCCACCCCGGCCAAGGCCUCCCCGUCAGCAGGAGGAGGUGCCCUCCCCGCCCGCCGGGCCCUGCUGGAGAAGUGCUCUCCGCUCUCGCGCUCCCUCCAGAACCUCACGCGGCGCCCCGCCGACACCUCCACAGACCCGCAGAAGGCCGCCGUGCUCGGCUCCGACGGACGCCGCUGGUCCUUCGACAAGAGCAAGAAGGAGGACCAGGCCGACCACACCGAUCCGGGCUCGACGUCCACGGACGAAAGCACGGCGUCGCAGGUGGCGAGCGAUCCGGGCGAGAGGGGGAAGAAGCCCAGGAGGACCUUGUUCUCCAGCGGCAGGAGCGAUUCACUCCCCAGCAAGGCGGACUCCAGCCAGGUGGGCGGUGAGGGCCGGCUGAGGGGCUGGUUUGGCACGGGGGACUCCCAGAACAAGCCAAGCCUGGAAGUCUCUCCUAAGGUAGAGAACAGCCCAGUCACCCCCUUACCCAUUCACCCGCACCACCACCUCCACAGCACCCAAUCUCCGCACCCUCCACCCACCCAUCCCACACCCACCGACCCCACCGACCCCACAGCCACCCCUGCUCCCAGCACUCCAUCCCCAGCCCAGUCCCCCGGCUCUCACGGUAACCCAUUCACCCCAUCUCCUCCCGCUUCCUCCAUCGCCAUCUCCCCGUCCAACCCUUUCCUCACGCGCCUGCAGACCAACCCCUUUUUCGAGGAGCUCUUGGCCGAGGAGGCCCUCAAGUCUCCGCCGGCUAGCGGCUACUUCCAUGGCCACCACGGCCUGCCCAGUCCUGCCCACCACCAAAGUGGCGUGGUGAUGAGGGACAAGGGCAGCAUCAAGAGGGAGCGCCCGCGCAGCGUGGCCAGGCAAAGGUCGCUUCCGGUGCUGUUACCAGGAGGAGGUUCAGGAGGACCAGCCCCAUCAGCACCAGAACCAGAACCAGCAGGUAGUCUGCCCACCUCCACCACCAACCGCUCCCUUUCGGACCACACCACAGAGUGGGACGAGUCGUUUGAGGCCUUCGCCGCCAGCAGGCUGAAAUCACCAGCUGGCACCCCACCUUCUGCCCAACCCAAGCCAGCGACGACCCGGAGGAAGAGUGCGUCAGUGUCGGAUGAACACGCUCUUCUCCGCAACCCUGAUAUUUCAGUCGCUGGUGCUGUCAAAGAGGGAUCGUCACGGGCUGGGAACGUUCCUCCACUGCCUCCACGCAGGCCAGAGGGAGGUUCCUUCAGGGAGAGGAACUGGCUGGAGAGAGCUGAAGAGUUGGCGGUGCAGAGGGAGGCCUGUUUCCUCACCCAGUCAGACAUAGCGUCUCGUCAGCACCUGAAGGGGAGGAAGAACCGAAGAAACACCAAGAGUUGGGCCGCAGGAGAGGAGCUUCCACAUGGAAGCGUAGUCGCAGAAUUGCACUCAAACCUGGCACAGUAUCAGUACAACAUGCCUCUGGCGUCAGUGAUCACGGAGGAUGCAGAGGCGUACGACUUAAACGACAAAGCACUUUUGAACGGGGAUGACAUCUGGGCGACGGAGAGGGACAGCCCCGGUGCACAAGAGAGGAGGAACUUGGAGAGAAAGAACAAUGCACUUAAUUCAUCUAAUCUUGACAUCAACAAUGACGUCAUCUUGCACAUGGGCUUUGCAACAGAGCAGAUACUAGCCCAGAGCCCCCUUUACGAUUGUAAUCCACUAAACUCAGACUUUAUCCAGAGUAUUAGAAAUGCGCCCACGUGUGGUGACAAGCCACAGGAGGCUCAAAUGCAAGUGUCUCCAGCAAAUACAGAACCUUCAGAGAAGAGAGAACUUUGUCAACUGAAUUUGAUGCCAGACGGUACAUCCAAACAUCCUGGGGAGAGCCAGGUGGCAAAUGGCCUAGGCUCUUCCAUAGCCUCUCCCCCAGGUUUUGGUACAAACCUAGACAGUGCAGACUUUGCCUUUGUGGACUCUGACAGUUCUCCGUCUGACAUGACCAUUAACACUCUGGAGGUCUACGAUCAGAACGCCAACAAGAUGCUGACUGCCUAUCAGAUGAUCUCGGCUGUAGACUCGUCAGGUAACCCCGUGGACCCCACCGCAAUGGAGUCGGACCUCAAGACAUCUGAAUUGGAGAUGCUUUCCACAACUGGGUCUUCGGAUACAGGGUAUGACACAAAGCAGUCGCUUGAACAUUGUGUCCUUGAGGCUGACUCACUGCGCAGUGAGCAGAGGGAUCGCUCUCCUCAUUACAAAUCCUCUAGUGCAGGGAAAGGAGGUUGCGAAGCCCGGGGGAAUGCCUCGUUUGAAGAGGCAAUUAGGCCUGACUUUGGAGAUCAGAGUCACACGAAUUUUAACUGCGAGCUGGCACAGAACCCUUUAAAUGUUUCAAAUCAUGACACAACUGCGCUUGACUCAGAGAUGACAGCCACAAAACUAACAAACUGUACAGACAGCCCACCCCCACCGGUCUGUGCCUCAAGAGACAAUGAUUCAUUCACAGAUGCGCUCUGCAACAAAGGUGGCAGUGUGUCUAGUGAACUCUGUUCUCAAGCACUGUUUCAGAAAUGCGAGCGUAAAAGACAAAGUCAACUCUUGGACCAACAAAACACAGCACAGUGUGAGCGGUCAGUGGCGAAUAACUCCACUGGUGGAGUGGCCAGUGCUCGUGGUGGUGGUAGCCAUACUGCCACCCUGGAGCAUCACCAUGGAGAUGCCGAGAGUAGAGAGGGUAGCCAUACCCAGGAGUCAGAGUGCUCCGAUUCGGAAAACAGCCAGAGACUGAGCUUUGCUGCCCUGCACGCCAAGGUGGCCCCAGGCCCCACGCUCUCCGCCCGGACCACAUGGUCUCCCCAUACUGCUCGCACCUCCCGUCUCUCUGUCGUCCCUAACACCAACACUAAACUUGACCCAAAAGCCCACCCUAGCCUCAGCACAUCAGCCCAUCAUAGCCUCACUCUCCCAGCAGAGGGCGCCCCCAGUCGGCCCCCCGCUUCCACACCCUGCCCCCUCUCCUCCUCCACCUGUGCCUCCACCACAUCCGUCCCCUCCUCCUGUUCGUCCUGCACUGUCCAGCCCAUGGUUGACGCACGCCACACUGUCCCACCUGGGGAGACACAGCCAGCUAGCGGCCUUCUCCUGCCCCAGCCGGAGAGCAGUCCCCACCCGGUGAAGCCCCUGACCACGUCCGCUCCAUCUGGGGAGAGGAGAUCCAGCUCUGUGCUGGAGAAGCUCAAGUCCACCAUCGCCCCCGGACGCUCAGCCCAGCCCACCGCACAAGAGGUGGCCGAGAGAGAGGCCCGCUUGUCUGAGGCGCGCGCCCAGUACCAGAACCUGACCAACAUGGAGCUGAUCUCGCUGCUGCUGCAGCAGGAGGUGGAGGUGGAGCGGCAGCGGGAGGAGUCGGAGGUGCAGGGGGCGCUGCUGGAGAAGCGCGAGGCCGAGCUGAAGAAGAUGAAGGUGCAGGUGCGGGACCUGGAGGACUACAUAGACAAGCUGCUGGUCAGGAUCAUGGAGCAGACGCCCACGCUGCUGCAGAGAACCGUGGUAAAGCCAAAUUCUUAGAAACCAUCCGUGGCACCAGAAUAAAGCCCCUCCCCUCCCCCCUGUGUUAAGACUAAUCAGAUGUCCUAGCCCUCUCCAUAUCAAAUUAAAGGACCACAGAGGUGUGCUCUGUGUUUGCCUUCACAACAUAAACAGCCGCUGAACAACAACAGGUGUUCCUUUGUAACAGAUUUAGUCUGGAAAUAUUACAUUGGAGAAGCUUUAAAAGUAAAAACAUUAAAAAAGUUACCAUUGAAUUCUGUGUUGUAUAAAUGCCUCAGGUUGGAUAUUGUGGUGUAUGAAUCUGACGAAAGGAAAGACGUUGCCUGUGCAUUUUAUAGCCUGGUUUGUAAUAUAGUUAAGUCUCCAGAUUUAUAUUCAUGGAAUAUAUAGGCUUUACAUGUACCAAAACUGUCAGAAGUUUCACAUCAGAAAAAGAACUUAAGUGAAAAUCACGAUUAUCAACUGCUUUUGGCAAUCAAUUGUCUUUCCAUGGCAACACAGUAAUAUCCAAUGCACGCUAAUUGCUUUACAUAAAAUGUAUGCAAAAAAACAUAUAAGAAUGUCUUUAAAACCAUAUAAUGCAAUAUUGCAACAUACAACUUGGCUGUAUAUGUUGUUCUCACAGCGUUUGAUGUUGUUUCAGAAAGUAACACUUUCUAUGCAUUCCCUGGAGUACGCCUAGGCAAUGCUGUGAAUUAUGUAGUAUAUUGUGCAUAUAAGCUAAUGGCAAAUAGAGACGCUCAUACGGUCCAUCACGAGCUUCACAGGCAAUACGAGAAAAAGCUGCUACCUGUAAUGUAUGUCGACUUAAUGUACAGCUUCUGUAUCUUUAAGUACAUGUAUACGCUUCAAUGUAUAGGCAGCAGUAUAUGCCUCAUAGUGCUCUGUACAGUAUGUUACUCACGCCUUCAUAACGGCAUAAGCUACGUGUAUGUUCAUUUGGCUGGAAGGUGAUCUGGAGGGUUUUGCUGUGUAGUAUAUCUCAGAUGGGAGAUGUGAAUGGCACUUACGAUUCUGUAACAACAAAACCACUACUUCCCAGUGACAUGUUUCAGAUCAAGGACUGUAAGUAAACAGAACCCCAAAAAUACUGAAAAUAUUCCUUUAGAGUGGCGGGUCCUCCUCUCUGAUUAUUAACGUCCAAAAAUGUCUUUGAGCGAUGAUGAAUGAUUUUGCUGAUGUGUGGUGUAGUAUUGUGGAGGGAAGCUGUACUAAUCUUACAUGUAGGUUUUCACAGUAGUUCAACAUGUCUGUCAGUGUCUACAGUGCGAUGGUAGGCCAUCAGCAGUCUGUUAGUCCUACUACACAAACACAACAAGAGUAAACUUAACACACACACACACACACAGCACUGUGAUCUAUCUCUCUGUCAACUUGCUACUUGAGAAGAUUUACUCCCAUUUUGUUACAUGGCUUUGUAGAUGAAGGAAAUGAUUCAUUUGUGUAUUUUUAUUGUUUAUUUAUUUGUUUGAAUUCUGUGUGACAAAGGACAUUGGAAAAAUAAUAAAGGCAUAUGUUUGAGGUUUGGUGACUU